UUUGAUUGUUGUUCAUUUCUAUAUAAUGGCUUCAGCUAAAUUGCUUGUAUUUUUGUUAAUAUUUAUUUUGCAAAAUGAUACACAAGCUGAAAUAAGUGGGCGUUUGCUAGACGAGAAUCAAGAAAAUAUGGAUUUGGAAGUGACAAAUGCCAAUGGCAAAGAAUUUCCAUCAGUGCCGCAGAAUUCCAUACAGACUCAUCCCAGGAGACACAUGAAAUCAAAACGUCGCAUGAGGAGAAGAUACAAAUGUUAUUCCUGCGAUCCACCUUGCAAAAAUGCAACGCAACACGCUCAUACAUGUCAGGAUGCGCUUCAAUGUUGGAAGUCUCGUACCAGGUAUGGUAUUGGCCAAGAAGAAGUUAAACGUGGCUGCACAACAUCUGUAGAUCAAUUGCCGUUAAUAUGCAAUCAAAAUGCAGUAAAUAAACGACACGCGGGAGUUACAAAUGUCGUUUGCUGUUCAGGUGACUAUUGUAAUGAUGGUGAAUUUCCCGAAUUACCACCUAUUGAAGACAAUGAAGUGAAACGUCUUAGUGCAGACACGAGUGCUACUCUCAUCUGGAUUUUAGCCGCAGUAAUCAUUUUAACUAUAAUAAUUUCAUCAAUAUAUUAUUUACGCGGUAAAUGUCUAAACCAACGAAAACGUAUGUCAGCCUCACGUAUUAAACAAGAUCCUGAAUCAUAUAUGGUUAAUGACGAAUUAUUGCGUGCAACAAGCGCGGGAGAUAGUACAUUAAGAGAGUAUUUACAACAUUCAGUGACUUCAGGUUCCGGUAGCGGUUUGCCACUUUUAGUUCAACGUACCCUAGCAAAACAAGUAACAUUAGUUGAGUGCAUUGGUAGAGGCAAAUAUGGAGAAGUAUGGCGUGGCACAUUGCAAGGCGAAAAUAUUGCAGUCAAAAUAUUUUUCAGUCGUGUAGAAGAAUCUUGGAAAAGAGAAACAGAAAUUUAUAGUACAAUAUUGCUACGCCAUGAGAAUAUACUUGGUUAUAUUGGUUCAGAUAUGAUAUCACGCAAUUCAUGUACACAGUUAUGGUUGUUGACGCACUACUAUCGUGAUGGCUCACUCUUUGAUCACUUGAAUAGAAAUGCACUCAGUCAUAAUGAUAUGAUAAGAAUAUGUCAUUCAAUUGCAAAUGGGCUAACACAUUUACAUACUGAAAUCUUUGGCACUGAGGGUAAACCAGCAAUGGCACAUCGCGAUUUAAAGUCGAAAAAUAUACUUGUGAAGCAAAAUGGCACUUGUGUUAUUGCAGACUUUGGUUUGGCAGUUACACUCUCACAUACGACUGGUAAAUUAGAUUUUGGAGACAACCCAAAAGUAGGCACGAAACGUUAUAUGGCUCCUGAAGUUUUAGAUGAAAGUAUAAAUUUGCAGUGUUUUGAAUCGCUCAGACGUACGGAUAUAUAUGCUUUGGGUUUAGUUAUUUGGGAGGUUUGUCGACGCACAAUAUCGUGCGGCUUUGCAGAGGAAUAUAAAGUGCCGUUUUAUGAUGUUGUACCAUCUGAUCCAAGUUUUGAAGAUAUGCGGAAAGUAGUAUGCAUAGAUAAUUACAGGCCAUGCAUACCAAAUCGAUGGAGUUCUGAUCCGCUUCUUGCUGGCAUGUCCAAAUUGAUGAAGGAAUGCUGGCAUCAGAAUCCUAGUGUUCGUUUGCCUGUGCUACGCGUUAAAAAGACUAUAAACAAAUUAUCUUCCGCAGACAAAAAUAUUCGUUUUAAUUAUGAUGAAGUUUGCGUUUAAGUUUUUAAAUUAAUUUUUCAUUUGUAAUUUAAAAAAAAUCAUAGUGUAAU